AUGGAUAGAAGUGUGACCAGUGUGACUAGUGGAAAUGGGUCGUUACCUGUAAAGCUUCUGCCUUCUAACUUACGGCCCAUAGCAUAUCGAAUUUUAUCUAAAAAGCAUGGACUUAAUAUUAAGACCGAUGCGUUAAGUCUUCUUACUGAAGUGAUUAGUUUUAAGUAUGGAUUUGAUUGGAAAGGUGUCCAUUCUCAACAAUUCAUAGAAGAGAUUGCCAAGAUAUGGAAACUCGAAGAUCGAGGGAUAUUUAUCGAUGGACCGGGUUUAAAACAAGUGAUUCGAGAGAUUAAUAAUAAAACAGAAAGUUCAACGGCUAGUCGAUCUUCAAGUACAGAAACUGAAGGAAUAGUGGCAGGAAGAUCAGAUACUAUAGUUGAUAAUAAUGAAUCAGAAGAACAAAGUUUAAAUUGGGAAGACUUUUUCAAAUUCAUAAAUCCAAGUGAUCAAACUCCAUGUAAAUUCGAUAAACAAAGAAAACAAUUUACUCUUACGCCUCAUGGAAGACAUGAUAAAAAGACAUUGACAGAUUCCUUAAAUAAUUAUCUUCAAAGUUCGAUUGAAUUAUUUAACAAUAGAUAUAAUUUGUUAUAUGAUAGACUAUCUAGAAAUGAGAAUUUUCAAAAGACUUCCUAUUCUAGUAUUUCAUCUAUUAGUAGAACUAUGAAUCAUCUUACUAGUGAGAUUACUUUAAUUAAAAAUGUCUUAGGUAGAGAUGGUUCAAAAUUUAUAUUAUUUGGUUUAUUAAGUAAAGGAGCAAAUGAUGAAUAUGUUUUAGAAGAUUCAAGUGAUUAUAUUGAACUUAAUUUAUCACAAGCAUAUAAAACACAAGGUUCAUUUUAUUUUCCGGGAAUGUUUGUUAUUGUAGAAGGUAUUUAUUCAGCAUCAGGAGGUCUUUCAAGUAAUAGAAGUGAUUAUAUAGGAGGUUGCUUUCAUGUAAGUAAUAUUGGUCAUCCACCGGCUGAAAGACGUGAGAUAAGUAAUGAGAAUUAUGGAUAUCCUGACUUUCUUGGUAUUCAUAAGCAAAGUGGAGAUAUGGUAUUGAAAGUUAAUAAAGCUUUAAGAAAAAAAUUGGUUUCUUUAGAAAGAUCUUUACACCAUCAUAAAUUUAUAUUUUUAGGAUCGGAAUGUAAUUUAGAUAAUUUUAAAAUUCUUGAUGGUUUGAAAAAGUUCUUUAACCGAUUAGAAAAUUCAAUAAUAGAGUCAAAUGAUGAAGAUAUUCCAUUGGCAUUAGUUUUGACGGGAUCAUUCCUGUCUAAACCAUUAACAGGAACUUCAUCUACCAUUGCAUCAGUCACAAACUCCGAACUAUAUAAAGGUUAUUUUGAUGAUUUAUCGACUUUAGUGAGUCAAUUCCCCAAUGUGGUACAAAAAGUUAAAUUUGUUUUAAUACCAGGCAAGAAUGAUCCAUGGCAAUCAUCUUAUUCUUUAGGUAGUUCAAAUUCAAACUAUUUCCCUCAAACUUCUAUUCCUCGAUUAUUUGUCAAUAGGUUAGAGAGAUUACUACCAAAGGGUCACUUAAUACUAAGCUGGAAUCCUACCAGAAUUAAUUAUUUAUCACAAGAAAUAGUGAUAUUAAAGGAUGAAUUAAUAAGCAAAUUUAAAAGAAAUGAUAUUAUAUUUGAGAGUGAUUUACAAUUAGAAAAGGAAUUAGUAAAACUAGACGAAUCUCCCGAGAGAAUCAAUCAUUUAAUUCUGCAGGAGCAAACAGAACAUAUAUCUCCCAAAAUCAAACAGGCUCGUAAAUUGGUUAAAACCUUAUUAGAUCAAGGACAUUUACAACCUUUCUUGAAAGAGUUAAAAUUAGUCAAUCCUGACUAUGACUACGCCUUAAGAAUAGAACCAUUACCUACAGUUCUAAUACUUCAUGAUGAAAAUUUUGAUAAUUUCGAAAUUACUUACAACGGCUGCAAAGUGAUAAAUAUUACUAAACUCGUUAGCCCAACGAAUCGAAAGUUAAACUUUGUAGAAUACACUCCGUGCCAUAAAAAGUUUGACUUCAAGGAACUCUAUUUCUAA